AUGACAUCAAUAAAAUACACAAACAUCACCUUCACCAAACCAGAAUGGCAUUACUUAAGAAUACGAGUGUAUUUAGAUCCACCAACAAAUCCAAUUCCGCGCAUCUCCUCACUCACUUUACGCACUCUAAUCACAAAAGCACUCACCGAAAUAUUUGGCGUGGUCAAAAGUGGGAUUCAUGUAGACGUGCUUGAUUGGCCAAGCGAUGACGAAAAUAUUGAUUCCACCUCUAUUACUAACACAAAAAAGGAAAUUAAUGGUGGAAUCAUACGAGUACCGACAGAAGAUUUGACAACAUUUUGGAGCGCGUUGACUUUAUAUAGUACAACGUUAGACGUGGGAAGUUCAGAUACUAAAAAGGAGUUACGUUUUGAAGUCUUAAAUAAUUCACCAUAUCUUAUGGGAUUGGUUGCCGAUAGUCGGGCUUGGACUAGGCAAUUACUUUACGGAUAA